AUGAAUGACUUGAUCCCUUUAGUCAAUAAACUCCAAGAUGUUUUUAAUACGAUUGGUAGUGACACUGUAGAUUUGCCUCAAAUAAUUGUCGUUGGAUCACAGUCAUCUGGCAAAUCUUCAGUUCUCGAGAACAUUGUACAACGGGAUUUUUUACCCCGCGGUAAUGGCAUUGUUACUCGACGACCUUUAGUUCUUCAACUUGUUAAUAUACAUACCAGUGAAGAUUCUGAACCUGAAGAAUAUGGAGAAUUUUUGCACGCUUCAAAUCAAAAGUUUACUGAUUUUACAGAAAUUAGAAAGGAAAUCGAAGCAGAAACGGCUAGAAUUGCUGGUCAAAAUAAGGGAAUCUCAAGGUCUCCCAUGCAACUUAAAAUUUAUUCACCUAAUGUUCUUAAUUUGACUUUGGUAGAUUUGCCUGGAUUAACAAAGAUUCCAGUUGGUGACCAACCUACUGAUAUUGAGAAUCAAACUAGGAGUUUAAUACAUGAUUACAUUUCUAAACCUAAUAGGCAUGUUUUUAUUAAAUUUGUCCAAACUUAUUUAUUUGACGCUGUUAGUGCAGCUAAUGUUGACUUGGUAAAUUCGGAAAGUCUAAAACUUGCAAAGCAAGUUGAUCCUGAAGGAAGACGUACCAUCGGAGUCUUAACAAAGUUAGAUCUUAUGGAUGCUGGUACAAAUGCGUUAGAUAUUCUAACUGGUCGUGUUUUUCCUUUAAAGCUGGGGUUCAUUGGAGUCGUUAAUCGUAGCCAACAAGAUAUUGUGGGUAAUAAACCAAUGGUUGAAGCUUUGAAGUCUGAAGCUGAAUUUUUUAAACAUCAUCCGGCUUAUCGAAGUAUUGCCUCCCGGUGCGGUACUCCUUUCUUGUCCAAAACAUUGAAUAACAUUCUCAUGAAUCAUAUAAGGGAAAGGUUACCAGACAUAAAAACUCAUAUUAAUACUCUGAUUGGAAAAGAAUCACGAAAACUUUCGUCAUAUGGAGAUCCUACACUUGAAGGAAAAUCAAAUAGGGGAGCAUUAAUACUGAAGCUUCUUACCAAGUUCGCUAAUGAUUUUGUUUCAUCAAUUGAUGGAACAUUCACGGACAUUUCUACAAAGGAAUUAUGUGGUGGUGCUCGAAUAUAUUAUAUUUUCAAUAAUGUUUUUGGCGCAGCACUCGAAUCAAUUAGGCCUUGUGGAAAUCUCUCAGUUCAAGAUAUUCGAUAUGCCAUUCGUAAUUCUUAUGGUCCACGCCCUUCUUUAUUUGUCCCGGAAAUUGCAUUUGAUCUUUUGGUCAAGCCUCAGAUUCUUUUACUUCAGCAGCCAAGUUUAAGAUGCGUCGAACUCGUUUAUGACGAGUUAAUGAAAAUCUGUCAUGGUUGCGGAACUAAACUUCUUGAAGUUGUUUGUGACUUACUUCGUGAACGACUAGCUCCUACUUCCGAGUACGUUGAAAGUUUAAUUAGCAUUCAACAUGCUUACAUAAAUACCAAUCAUCCGGAUUUUAUUGGCGGAGGCGCUGCUAUAUCAGAUCUCGUUCGAAAGAAUGAAAGAAAGCGAAGGGAAUUUGAAAAACUAAAUGAAAAACUAAACAGAAGGUCGAACAAUUCGAGCGGUGUUUUACAUGUGAGCGUUCAAUCAAGUAUUGUUAGUAAAGAUGAAAAUGAUGGUCCACUUGCUUCAGAUAAUUUAAAAGAACUUGGCGGAACUAAAGAUAACCUACCAAAUGGCAUGAAUAAUACUUCAUGGGCUCAGCGCGAGUCAUUUUUAACAUACUUCUUCGGAAGUGGGAAUAAGACCGAUAGAACGGUAUUACCUGAUCAAUCAAUAUCCAAUAGAAAUUCCAGAGAUAUUGAAGAGUUGGAGCAAAAGUUAGAACAUAUUUCUUUAAAUGAAGGUGCCAAUCAUCUGACUGAACGUGAAGAAAUGGAAACUCAAUUAAUACGUUCACUUAUUACAUCUUAUUUCGACCUUGUACGUAAAACAAUUCAAGAUACUGUUCCGAAAGCCAUUAUGUACCAUUUGGUCAAUCGUUCUCGUGAAACGGUUCAAAAUAGAUUGGUCGAAGAAUUAUAUAAAGAGGAAUUGUUUGCCGAUUUGUUACAAGAAGAUGAGAAUUUGACUAAUGAAAGGCAAAAAUGUAAGACUAUGCUUGAUGUUUACAGAAAAGCCUUUGAAAUCAUUAACGAGGCCAUGUAA